CUAGGAUGAGUACACACCGCCGACUGGUUUGGAGUCUGUGUUGUCACCAGAAUUCUUGCCAAAGGCCGAAAGUCCCUUGUCAACAUGUUCACUUGUCAAUGAUUAUGAUCAUGACAUCAAGGCAGGGAAACACUGCAUUUAUUGACUGUCAACUAAUAAUCCCGUCUGGUUUGGACACCGGUAUGCGUGCCAGAUGGGCCCACUGCUGCGGCGAGAUACAACUCAUAUACGAUCAAAAUGUAUCUAUAGCUUUUCUAUAGAAUAAUUAGGAGCUGCAAGUGCCUUGCUUUCAAAGCCUGUGUACUACUAUGAUAUCAAUAUUAUGCUCCGAUCCACAGUCAAACAUCCGCGACUUUACCGAGGCUUGCAUUCUUACCGCUUUCCGAGAAAUUCACGUCUUAAAUCCAUUAUUAAAAGAUGAGCAUGCAUUUGCAUAAAUCCGGAUGGACGCCAACAUCACACCCAUCGACGUCCUCAUGGCUUGACGUUGUUGAGCAAUGCACAAACUUGACCAAUGAUGGAAGCUCGUUGCAUCAUAGAACUUUAAGACGUGCAUCCGGUGAUCAAGAUUCAACGACUUCAACCCUGCGCUCGUGUCUUAAGCUGCUUGACCAGCACUGUGACAGGCUUAACAGUACUUACAAGGAAACUCUCGAGAUUCGCGCCCGCAUUGCAGAGAUUCUUGCCAACUCCCAGUCGGAGGUCGCCAUGGGGAAUGUGGGCACAUGGGAUAGCAGCGUUGACCUAAUCUUCGUUGCACUCAACGAGCGUGAUGCUAAUUCACUCUCGUUAACCCCACCAAACCUUUCCCUCCUAUCACAGCCGCUAGUAUUCCAACACUUGCACAGUCAACCAUCAGCACAUGAGUACGAAUCUCUUUUGCAACCAUCUGUCGGAGUCAUCAGUAGCCUGCCAGAGGGGACAGACCCUCCCAUCCACCGAUUUUCUCAAGAACCAUUACUCCCGGGUGCAUCCGGUUCCGUCAGCUAUGAGCUUGGUACACAGCCAUUCCAGAAAUUCUUACCGGAAGAUGACACAUGCUCUGAGGAGCUGACUUUAUCUGACCCUUCAGUCAGACACCACCUGUAUCUCCCCGUUGUGCAGGAUGACGAGGAUAAGGUAAAGUGCAUGUGGUUGGGGUGUUCAAGUGUCAUCAGGAAGGAUAACUACACUCGCCAUGUGAAUGAGGUUCAUAGGCGUCAGUUUAAGGCUGUCUGCGCCAUCUGUGGAAAAGAGUUCCUGCGUCCAUACAUGAAGAAGACCCAUAUAUGUCCUGGUCGAUAUGCCAAACGUAGUAAUUCCUAGACCGAGGAAGCUCACAAGGCGUCUAUAUCCAUGUUUAUUGUA